AUGUCGAAGCGAGAAUCCAAGGAAUUGUACUUUGAAAAGCUCAAGAACUAUCUUGAUAGCUACAAGACCGUCUUCGUUGUCAACGUUGACAAUGUCGGCUCCAACCAAAUGCACCAAAUUCGUCACUCUCUUCGUGGUGAAGCUGUUGUCCUUAUGGGUAAGAACACCAUGGUCCGCCGUGCUAUGAAGGGCUUCAUCCAAGAGCGUCCUGAACUUGAGAAGCUUCUUGUUCACGUCCGUGGCAACGUUGGUUUCGUCUUCACCAAUGGCGACUUGAAGGAAAUCCGUGAAAAGAUUCUUGAGAACCGUGUUGCUGCUCCUGCUCGUGCUGGUGCUUAUGCUCCCAAGGAUGUCUUCGUUCCUGCUGGUAACACUGGUAUGGAACCCGGCAAGACCUCUUUCUUCCAAGCUCUUGGUAUCCCUACCAAGAUUUCUCGUGGUACCAUUGAAAUCGUUAGCGAUGUCAAGGUCGUCACUGCUGGUGAACGUGUUGGUGCUUCCGAAGCCUCUUUGCUUAACAUGUUGAACAUCUCUCCCUUCACCUAUGGUAUGAGCAUCACUCAAGUCUUCGAUGAUGGCACCGUCUUCUCUCCCGAAGUCUUGGAUGUUGAGGAAUCCACCCUUGUUGCCAACUUGGUUGCUGUUCUCCGUGAUGUUGCUUCCAUCUCUUUGGCUGUUGGUUACCCCACUGCUGCCGCUGUUCCCCACUCCAUCAUCAACGGCUACAAGAACUUGCUCGCCGUCUCCGUUGCUUCCGACUACACUUUCGAAGGCUCUGAGAAGAUUAAGGAAUUCUUGGAGAACCCCGAUGCCUUCGUUGUUGCUGCCGCUCCCGCUGCUGGUGGUGAAGAGAAGAAGGAAGAAGCUAAGGAAGAAGAGCCUGAGGAAUCUGAUGAGGAUAUGGGCUUCGGUCUUUUCGAUUAA